AUGCGGUCCUCACGAUUAUCAAAAGACACCUCCAAAAUAUUUGACCGCAUAUCCGCCGCCCGAGCAUCCCCUCCACGCCGCACAACACGAUCCCUCUCACGAUUCGCCUACACAUCAGCCUCCUCAACGUCCUCGCCGCAAAAUGGCUACCAAACUCCCGAUAUAGAAGACAGCAUUAGCCCGCCUCCGAAGCGGCGCCGACGCGCAUCCACAGACUCGCCCGUAAAGCCCAUCAAAGCCGAACUGCUCGACGAAUCCAUAUCCUCAAUACCGUCGCCACCUGCGAAACGACGAGCUCGGAAACCAGCAAAGAAGACAACGGACCCUUCGACCGGCGAAGAGAAGAUAUCCCCGCCAUCAGAUUGGGAAGAAAUGUACAAUGUAGUCAAGAAGAUGCGAUUACCUGGCGGUGUAGCCCACGGCGCAGCCGUAGACACAAUGGGCUGCGAAAGGCUCGCGGACAAGAAGGCUUCACCCAAGGACCAACGCUUCCACACACUUAUAGCGCUGAUGUUGUCGAGUCAGACAAAAGACACAGUCAAUGCCGUGGCUAUGCAGAAGCUGAAGACUGAGUUGCCGCCAUAUAAGCCUGGAGCACCAGUAGGCUUAAACCUGGAUAAUGUGCUAGCGGUGGAUGCAAACCUGUUGAAUCAGUUGAUCUGGGCGGUUGGAUUCCACAACAACAAGACAAAGUACAUUAAGCAAACCGCCGUCAUCCUACGAGAUAAGUGGAACAGCGACAUCCCCGACACCAUCGACGGCUUGACUUCGCUCCCCGGAGUCGGCCCCAAAAUGGCCUACCUCUGCCUCUCGGCCGCGUGGGACCGCACAGAAGGCAUAGGCGUCGACGUACACGUCCACCGGAUCACGAACCUAUGGGGAUGGAACAAGACCAAGAAUCCAGAAGAGACGCGGCUGGCUCUGCAAUCGUGGCUACCGAGGGAUAAGUGGCGCGAAAUAAACUGGCUGCUCGUCGGGUUCGGACAGGCGGUUUGUCUGCCUGUAGGGAGAAAGUGCGGCGAUUGCGACUUGGGAUUGAGCGGGUUGUGUAAAGCCGCGGAGAGGAAAAAGGUGCUCGAGGGGCGGAGGAUAAAGGAAGAGGUCAAGGUUGAGGAGGAUGGAUCGGUGCUGAAAAAGGAGGAAGUUGUAGAGGAAGUGAGGGUGAAGGAAGAGGCAGCGAAUGAGAAAGCACCGGGCUGA